GCGCCCGGAGGCCCUGCCCUUGCGGCCGCGGCGGGAUUGCGGCACCUCGGGAGUCACCCGCAUUCCCGCGCCCCGCCCCGAGCGGGCCGAGUGCGGCGCCGACCUCCCCGCGCCCGGGUCUCUCCGAAUUUGCCUUCUUGCAAAAGCGAUUCUAGGGAUGCGGCCGCAGACGGGGUUCCUCGGUCAAACUGCAGCUUUACAAUAGAAUGGGGGAUAUCGUUGUCUGGAGAGAAAGGGCAACGGGGUGAGGAAGGAGGAGCAGUGCCAUUCCCGAGGCAGAGCUAGAAUUUUUCGAAUUGGGAAACCUACGUGCUUUUCCACAGUCAUCGCCUGUUGAUUUCUUUCUGGACCAUUUUACAAAAGCCCUCCUCCUGCCCUUUGCUUGGACUUGGGAUCCAGGAAGGUGGCAGCCUUUGGGGUUCCUGGAGCUGUGCUGGAGCAGUCGAGUAGCUUCAUAGAGAAAGAAGCAACUAACAAAAAACAGCAAUAACAAGGAUUAUUCAGUAUGCAGUUUUCAGGAUGUCCACAGCAACACUGAAAAUGAAUUUCUUAUUUUCACCGUUUACUCUUAUAUGAGACCAUCCAUUUCAAACAGUCUAAAUAUUUUUUCUUUUGCACCAGCAUGGCAGGAUUCAAGCGAGGAUAUGAUGGAAAGAUUGCUGGAUUAUAUGAUCUGGAUAAAACUUUGGGUCGAGGUCAUUUUGCAGUGGUUAAACUUGCCAGGCAUGUCUUUACAGGUGAAAAAGUGGCAGUUAAAGUUAUUGACAAGACAAAACUGGACACUCUAGCCACAGGUCAUCUUUUCCAAGAAGUGAGAUGCAUGAAACUAGUGCAGCAUCCUAACAUCGUACGCCUUUAUGAAGUUAUUGAUACCCAAACAAAACUAUAUCUAAUUCUAGAACUUGGAGAUGGAGGAGAUAUGUUUGAUUACAUAAUGAAACAUGAGGAGGGUCUUAAUGAAGACUUGGCCAAGAAGUACUUUGCUCAGAUAGUUCAUGCUAUAUCUUACUGUCAUAAACUCCAUGUGGUUCACAGAGACUUAAAACCAGAGAAUGUAGUCUUCUUUGAAAAACAAGGUCUUGUAAAGUUGACAGACUUUGGUUUCAGCAACAAAUUUCAACCAGGGAAGAAGCUCACUACAAGCUGUGGAUCUCUUGCAUAUUCUGCUCCAGAAAUUUUGCUUGGUGAUGAGUAUGAUGCACCUGCAGUAGAUAUAUGGAGUCUGGGAGUGAUCCUUUUCAUGUUGGUGUGUGGGCAACCACCCUUUCAAGAGGCCAAUGAUAGUGAAACAUUGACAAUGAUCAUGGACUGCAAAUAUACAGUGCCAUCCCAUGUGUCUAAAGAGUGUAAAGACCUUAUCACACGGAUGCUACAGAGAGAUCCCAAGAGAAGGGCCUCUUUGGAAGAGAUUGAAAACCAUCCUUGGCUUCAGGGAGUGGACCCUUCACCAGCUACAAAGUAUAACAUCCCCCUUGUGUCCUACAAGAACCUCUCGGAGGAGGAGCACAACAGCAUCAUUCAGCGCAUGGUGCUUGGGGACAUAGCGGAUCGAGAUGCCAUCGUGGAAGCCCUGGAAACCAACAGGUAUAACCACAUCACAGCCACUUACUUCUUGCUUGCUGAAAGGAUCCUAAGAGAAAAGCAAGAGAAAGAAAUACAGACCAGAUCUGCAAGUCCUAGCAAUAUCAAGGCCCAGUUUAGGCAGUCAUGGCCAACCAAAAUUGAUGUACCCCAAGACCUUGAAGAUGACCUCACAGCCACUCCUUUGUCCCAUGCCACUGUCCCUCAGUCUCCUGCUCGGGCCACCGAUAAUGUACUCAAUGGCCACAGAAGCAAAGGCCUGUGUGACUCAGCUAAGAAAGAUGACCUCCCUGAGUUGACUGGACCAGCACUCUCCACAGUGCCACCUGCAAGCUUAAAACCCGCAGCCAGUGGACGGAAGUGUCUCUUCAGGGUGGAGGAAGACGAAGAGGAAGAUGAGGAGGACAAGAAACCCAUGUCACUCUCAACGCAAGUGGUUUUACGUCGGAAGCCAUCUGUGACCAACCGUCUGACAUCAAGGAAGAGUGCCCCAGUCCUCAACCAGAUCUUUGAGGAAGGGGAAUCAGAUGAUGAGUUCGACAUGGAUGAGAAUCUGCCUCCAAAGCUGAGCAGAUUAAAGAUGAACAUUGCUUCCCCAGGGACAGUUCACAAACGCUACCAUCGGAGGAAAAGUCAGGGCCGGGGCUCCAGCUGUAGUAGCUCGGAGACAAGUGAUGAUGAUUCUGAAAGCCGGCGACGGCUCGAUAAAGACAGCGGGUUCACCUACUCCUGGCACCGCCGGGAUAGCAGUGAGGGGCCCCCUGGCAGUGAAGGGGAUGGCGGGGGCCAGAGCAAGCCGAGCAACGGCAGUGGAGGGGCGGACAAGGCCAGCCCCAGUGAGAACAAUGCCGGCGGGGGUAGCCCCUCCAGUGGCUCAGGCGGCAAUCCUACCAACACAUCGGGCACCACUCGCCGCUGUGCCGGCCCCGGCAACUCCAUGCAGCUGGCCUCACGCAGUGCUGGGGAGCUCGUGAAGAGCCUCAAACUCAUGAGCCUCUGCCUUGGCUCUCAGCUGCAUGGCAGCACCAAGUACAUUAUCGACCCCCAGAAGGGCUUGUCAUUUUCCAGCGUGAAGGUCCAGGAGAAGUCCAUGUGGAAAAUGUGCAUCAGCUCCACAGGGAAUGCAGGGCAGGCCCCUGCAGUGGGCAGCAUCAAGUUUUUCUCUGACCACAUGGCAGAUACUACCACUGAAUUGGAACGGAUAAAGAACAAGAACCUGAAAAAUAACGUGCUCCAGCUACCUCUGUGUGAAAAGACCAUCUCUGUGAACAUCCAGCGGAACCCUAAGGAGGGGCUACUGUGCGCCUCCAGCCAGGCCAGCUGCUGCCAUGUCAUCUGACUGCAGCCUGGCCACCUGCUCGGUCCUGCUCAACGCCAGGAGGACCAGCUCGCUUCACUGUUUCCUUUUGGUUUUACCCUUUUAAACUGGCCGCUAUGAGCAGUUAUUUAUUACUUUUCAUUUGUCCUCCUGAUGAUGUGACAAUGCAUGGUCUUUGUGCAUGCUGCUAGACAUUUUUCUUUUCUUUUCCAGCCGAAAAGUCUACUGUGUAAUUUUUUACAUUAAUUUUAAUGUGGAUGAUCAGGAUUAAAUUAAAAUGUAUAUUUGGAACCUAAUAUAAAUGGAGCACUUAGAAAUUUGAUGUUCUGCACUUAACCUAGAGAGGAAAAAAUGCUUUUGUUUCCUUGUGAAAGAUCCAAAUUCCUGUCCUGACCUUCUGUGAUACAGAAACUCCGUGCUCUGAGGCACACUCUCUGGUGUCCUAGACAGAACCAAAGCAAUAACGUGGUGAUGCCAGUGGGCCUGGGAGCAAGUGUGUUGCUGUACCCAGCUGUCCAGGGCCUGUGCAGAGCAGAGGAAGCGAGCGUCUGUACUGAGAACCUUAGAACCACGGUUUGAACAUCCCCACACCUGUUUGUCUUAAGCUAUAGUGUGAAAAAAGUUUGGGCUCUUAAAAUUUCACUGAAAAAGAUUUUCUUGUUUUUGUAAUAGGUGAGAUGAAGUACUUAGAUUUAUAAGGCAGCUUCCCCGUAGUGAUGUUACAGCAGACAAUCUUUUGUAAUGUGAUGAAGUGAACUAAUGUCUUAACUCUACUUAUAGAGUGUACGUCUGUCUAACAGAACAAACGGAUGCUGUGUAAAUUCCUUCCUGUAGGGCACACUGCAGGGUUUCCUUCGCAACCUGUAGAGAGAAGAAACUAGGGCGUACUACAGAAGCAGAGGCGCGGUCACAUGCUGGCAAAGUCAGAACUCCAUGAACUAAAACAAAAAAAAAACUUACUGGGACUUGUGUUUUAGGAGUUGGCAAUCAGAAUGUCUCUUAUUAUUCCCAUUCCCUUGCUGCCUUUUGGCUCAGCUAGCUAUGAAAAUUGACUGAUCAAAAUUACACAUAAAAGAGUAGAAUUCACACAUCCAGCAAACACAAAUGCAUAAAGCCUGCUUCGUAACUUUUUUCCUUGGAGGUGUUUUUCACUUUGCCUUCCUGCCAAACAAUAAAGAACUCUUACCUACCCUAUUCCUGUACAAAGAUGAUUUUGACCAGAUACUCAUCUCUUGUGGCAUUUCAUCUUGUAGGAAGCGCUAUAUUACAGAUUGCUAAUUUUGGAAGGAGCCAGAUGCUAUUUUUUUCAUGCUGUGCCCAAGUGGUCUUCACAGCCAUGCUUAGCAACCUUGGUGAUAGUGUGUGGCUGGGCCCUGGGCCCUUGUCACAUUCUUCAGCCUCCCAUCAUGGCUCUGAGUGGCGGACUGAGGCACAUCUGGUCGCGUAAUUCAGAGAGCAGGCAGAGCACCAAAGAACUGUGUUACGUUGGUCACAGUUUCUUCAAGUGCACCCUGACUGCUACUUUAGGAUUAAUACAUUUUACUCAGAACUCUGAAUCUCACAGUAUACCUAACUAUACUAAGUACCUGAUACUUAAAAUACUUAAAAAUACUUAUUUUACUUUCUAGACCUAGGCUAGCUAGGUGUGUUUUAAGCUACAGCUCUAGUUCAUUGUGAUAUUUAUAACUGAAAGCUAUGAGAAUAGAUGUGUGGGUGAAGCCAUAGAACAUAUUUGCUUGAAAUUCUUGAGCAGGGAUCUUAUAAAGGGCCAGAAAUCAGAUGUGUGGUUCACAUAGAUAGUGAGCGUAACAUCUGUAGUAAACGUAGGAGAGAAGUUUCUAAUGGGCAUUGGCAAUAAACUCUUUGUUGCAGCUGUUUUCCAAGUAAUGUAAAUACUUUUCCCUGUGAUUAUGUAUAGCCUUGGAAUGGCACCUUUUAACUAACCCGUAUGUGUUUGGUUUCCACUGGUUUUUUAUAUUCAGAUGUAUAUAUGGUGCUCACUCUAGAAUCAGCAGUGUUGACCAUUUAUGCUGCAUAGCUGUAUUAUAGCCUUAUUAGUUGUGUGUGGUUGGUUGACCCUCUGGGUGUACAGAUGUCUGUCUGAGUGGUGUUUUACUCAUCCGUUGAAUAAGUGAAUGAUUGUGCAUGUGUCGUAUUGUCAUAGUAUGUCAUCACAUAAAAGGGAGGGGAGAAAAACCAUUACAUUAAGAUAAUAUUGGACCAAACUACUUAUUUGCUCUAAACAGUUACUUGUACCCCUUAACCUGUCUUCAAAAGUUGCAUAUAGUUACAGUAGUGUAUAAAUUAAAUAUUGUGGGAAAUCAGUCUUGUAUUUUUCUGUAUGUGUGUAUAUAUAUAAUUAUGUACUUCUGGCAGUUCUAUCUGUAUUUAAAGAUGUGACAAUCUUGACACCGAUUUUAAGAAUAGCCGUGAGAAUGAAUUGAAGAUAAUCCCUACCACGUAAGAACUGAUGUGCGUUAGGAGGGUACAGAAUUAUCAGCUGAUUUGGUCAAUUGCUUCCAAUUCUGGUUGAUUUUCCUCAUUGUGUAAACAUUGACAGGUAUGUGGCAAACAGGAAAAUAAUCCAAAUAAUAAAGUGACAUAUUGGUGUUCAGCAAUAUAAA